UGUACAUAGGCUACAUACGUACCUAUUAAAGCUGUGUAAUUUACGACGCUUAUUUCAACUAUUCGUGAAACUUUUUUCCCGGUAGGUACUAAGUACCUAUCUACGUAUGCAAUGCACACAAUAAUAAUUUCCUUCAAGCACAAUUUUUAAUCGCGAGUAAAUUCUACAGUGAGUUAGAAUAACUAAAUCGAGCAUCUCGUGCCGACUUGAUUCGAAUUAAGAGUCGUAAUUCGCGAUGGAUACGAGUGAUUUGAUAAUCGCCGCGAUAUUAUUAUUAUUCGUGUAUUUGUAUUUCUCUUACAAAAAUUUGUACUCGUAUUUCGAAAAAAAUGACGUCCCCUACGUCAAACCUUUGCCAUUUUUUGGCAACACGUUCGACUGGAUCGCGAUGAAGAAAUCCUUGCCGAUGAUUCAAUUCGACAUGUACAAUCAGCUGGCACCUCAUCGAUUCGGAGGAAUGUUCGUGGGAACGAAAAAGACCGUCUUGAUCAGAGACCCGGAACUGAUAAGGACCAUCUUGGUUAAAGAUUUUUCCUAUUUUCAAAAUCGUCACCUUAAAUCGAACAAAUCGGAUAUUUUGAGCCAGAAUUUAUUCAUGAUGAGGGGUGAAGAAUGGAAAAACCUCAGAAUCAAAAUGACGAGUACAUUCACUUCGGGUAAAAUGAAACUGAUGUUCCCUCUGGUCCGAGAGUGCGGUACCAAAUUACACACCGUUUUAGAAGAGAUCUCAAACAAGGACGAUUUCUAUGUCAAAGACAUCUGCGCUCGUUUCACCACCGACGUAAUCGGAAGCUGCGCAUUUGGCUUAGAAAUUAAUUCGCUAGAUGAUCCGGAUUCUGUGUUCAGAAAAAUGGGCAACAAGGUUUUCGAAAUCAGCUAUAUAAACAUAUUACGCUUCAUGUUUCCUAAACUUCAAAACUUCUUCAAUUUAUUUCGUAAUAACAACGACGUCUCCGAAUUCUUUCUGGGCCUGGUACAAAAAACAGUCAAACACCGAGAAGAACACAAAGUCGUUCGAAGAGAUUUUCUCGACUUACUGAUCAACCUCAAAAACGAAACGGAUUCUCAUAAGACUGAUGAUCAUCAAACUCGCCAAGAUUUGGAAAAAUUCAUAAGCCAAAUAGGUGGAAAACACACCGCGAGUAACGUAGACAUGACCGUUGAGCUCAUGGCAGCUCAGAGUUUUCUGUUUUUCGUGGCCGGAUUUGAGACAUCUUCUAGCACGUUGAGCUUCAUGUUACUAGAAUUGGCUCAAAAUCAACACGUUCAAGAUAAGUUGAGAGACGAGAUAAUACAAGUGUUGGAAAACAACGAUAACGAAUUCACUUACGAAGCGAUGAAACAAAUGAAGUACCUAGAUAUGGUUAUAGAUGAAACCUUGAGAAAAUUUCCGAUAACAGGAAGUUUAGGAAGGGAAUGCGAUAAACCGUACAAAAUACCUGGCUCAAAAUUCGUAAUUCCAGAAGGCACUACUACCAGUAUAUCAAUCCGAGGUAUACAUUACGACUCAAAAUAUUACGAAAGGCCAGACGAAUUCUACCCGGAGCACUUUACCGAAGAAGCAAAAGCUAAACGACCUCAUUACACAUUUUUACCGUUUGGUGAAGGGCCACGAGUUUGUAUAGGCGAACGUUUCGCCAAAAUGCAAGUAAAAGUAGGAGCUGUCAACUUAUUGAAGGAUUUUUCCUACCACGUGUCGCCUAAACUGAAGCUUCCCGUGGAACACUCUCCUGGUGUGGGAUUAUUUGACAUUAAAGGUGGAAUUUGGCUGAAAUGUACGAGAAUUUGAUUUCGAAAAAGAAACUGAUGAUUUAUCGUGUCAAAAUGUAUGAAUAUGUAAUUAUAGCACGUGAUUAUUAAA